UCCGUUUGGCGGCAAAGAGCGCGCGAAGGUCGACCGCCAUUAUAAGUUGACUACACGAAUGUUGGUUAUUUGUACCGAAUUUCGAUCGACAGAAUGAGCUUAUGGGUGGAUAAAUAUCGUCCGACUUCCUUAUCCAAGCUAGACUACCAUAAGGAUCUUGCGGCACAUUUGAAAAAACUGGUAUGCUUAGUUUGUUUAUGUACGAAAUAAUUCGGGCUGUAGUUUGGACGUUCAGAAGUACUUUAUUCCGCGCUCGUUGACGCAGAAUAUUCUUUCAAAUGUCUCUAAUGCUAAAAAGCGACUAAUCUCAAGCGCUUGGAUUCAUCCUCGCUUGGUUCUCUCUGGUUUUGCAACGCGUAAACCUAAUCCAACUGCAUAUAGGGUUAAAGUAUGGCGGCCAGCGAAUUUCGAGGAACAUAACUUUUUGUAACAUUGAUACUCUCUCCUUCCAUAUCUACCCCCAACGCAAGCAGAUACUUUCCCUUUGUGACUUGUUGUAAAAUAUCACAUGCAGUAUGUUGUUAACAGAAAUACUUUUAUGUAAAGGUGCACUGUGGAGACUUUCCACAUCUAUUAGUUUAUGGCCCAUCAGGGGCUGGGAAGAAGACCCGUAUCAUGUGCAUCCUGAGAGAGCUCUAUGGUCCUGGUGUGGAGAAAUUGAGGAUUGAACAACAGAGUUUCACGGUAAGUCUUCGAUGAUAUGUAUAUUUCAAACAUUAUCACCAGCUUGACAGAAAGGAUCAUUGGCCGAAAAAAAACUAUUGCUCACAGUAGAUGCCUUAACAGUACAUGUACUUUUAUGAAAACUGCACUCACUACAUCACCGGAAAUUCCAAAGAAUGAAUUAGAGAAACUGAAAAUAUCAACAAAAGGUGGCUUUUCAAGGGAGAUACUCAAACAAUUAACCAAUCUUUAUUCAAUUUGUGAUUACUGCUAUCUUAUUUCAAAAUAGACCCCGUCAAACAGGAAGAUUGAGAUGUCAACUAUUGGCAGUGCUUACCACUUAGAAAUCAAUCCAAGGUAACAUGUAAUUUCCAAAAGAUGCUUUAUGCACUGCUGCCUGGUUAGCUCUUGUUGUAGAGCACCGAACUACCUUGCUGCAGGGUGACAGUUCAAGCCCCAGACCAGAAUGACACUCAGGGUCUUAAAACUAACUGAGAAUGUGCUGCCUUUGUUAAGACAUCUGAAAAUGGUUAGACAUUCUAGUCGUCUUGCAUAAGGAUGAUAAACCAUAGGCCCUGUCUCCUGCAUAUUCUCUGUACUGGUUAGCAGGGUACAUUAAAGAACCUACCUACUUAUGGCAAAGAGAAGGGAAGGUAUCUCCCAGUAUUGUGGUUUUGGCCUUAAUUCUGAAAAUGGGAAUUCGUGUAUCAGUAAAAAGUUCCUUCAAAAAUUGUAAACUUCUGAAUGCAGUCAAGCCAGUCUCCCUCAGUCAGUGUUGUGAGGUACCAUAAGCCAAUUGUUGUGAUGUCAUUGAAAUCCUUUAUUAUUUUGAUAUUAUCAUUAUCAUUAUUUAGGUAAACUGGUGUAAUACUGUAUGCUUAUGAAUUUUUCCAUGUAUUUUUCAGUAUCUUGCUCUAUUUAUGUGCAAUUCGACAUAAGAAAAGAGAGGGUUUGCACUAGUGUAUUUAUGGACCUGUUCUCAGUCAUGAGAACAGAGUCAUUUUACCACGAGCAUGUUUGUUUAACUUGGAGCUUUUCUGUUUUCCUUUCCCUUAACCUCAUUAAGGGCACAGUUUACAAGUGUGCAACACAAAUAAGUCUGUACUUGAGCUAAGUGGCCUGUGUGGCUGGAGCUUAUCUUGGUUUCCAUGACACAGAGCAACUAUGACUAUUCCUAUUGCCCCUAGGAUGGGAUGUUUGUCCACUGCAAGGAUAUCCCCAGCAUUUCAUCAGGCCUCCCAGAUUUCAACAGUACCCAUUUGUACUUGUAUCAGAGUCCACCGCACAAACCAUUAGACUACUACAUCUCCCCAUGACUGCUGAAAGACUGUUUUCAAAAGCCCCUGGAUGCUUAGUUGUUUUUUUCUUCCUUUAUUCCAAGAAGAAAUGAAAUGUAUAUUGAUAUUUUUGUUGUUGAUUAUUUUGUGUACAGUGAUGCUGGGAUUUAUGAUCGUGUUGUAGUCCAAGAACUUAUCAAGACUGUUGCACAGUCACACCAGUUAGAUUCAACAACACAAAAGGAAUUUAAAGGUAGCAUUAACCAUGAUUUACCUCACCAUACUAUGUUUAAUUUUAGUGCUUACUACAGACUCUAUUUUACUGAGAGCACCAUAUCUAGUUUCAUUGUGAUACAAAGUACAUAUUAUGUAUAUCUUGUGAGAUACUAUUGUAAGAGUACAAAUUUAUACAAUAUAUAAUUGUGCUCAGUGGCCAAACCUGCUGAUGUUUUGGUUGCCAAGGGUGAAAAAAAAAUUGGUGUCUGAAUUUACAGCAAAAAGUCCUUAGUUUGGUAACUUGUGUUUUGGGUUAUAUGGUAUUGUACUUUUAAAGUUGAAGUAAGAUUAACAUUUUCAUGAAACAUUAUUUAUGCAAUUUUGUUAACUUUGAUAAUAAUGUGCUUCUUUGUAUCUCUGAGUUCAUCACAUUAUGUAACAUUGUGCAAAGUAAUCAAAAUUUUCUCUCUGGUGACUGUUUUAUAACUUAAGGUCUCCAUGAGGUAGCUUCUAAAAGAAUACUGAAUUACCAGUUCUGUGGGUGUGUAUGGCAAAUAUCAUACUCAUCUAACUUUCCUACAAUAAAACAACAUGAUAGAUGAAUUCUUACAGGUUAGUGUCUUAUUUUAUUUUCAGUGGUAGUCUUAACAGAAGUAGACAGACUCACUAAGGAUGCACAGCAUUCUCUACGCCGAACCAUGGAAAAGUACACAGCAACAUGCAGACUGGUUCUUUGCUGUAACUCAACGAGCAAAGUCAUUCCUGCAAUUCGCAGUCGUUGUUUGGGAGUCAGGGUGGCUGCUCCAUCAGUGGAUGAGGUUUGUUAUGAAUGAUUGACAAAACUUCACCAAAAAAUGGCUAUACAUGAUGAAAGAUUUUCAUUUUGCAAUUUGGCAGAGAAAUAUUUUGAAAGACUGUAGAAUUCAGGAAAUUUCCUAAAUGAUUAUCAAAAUAGUUGAGAUCAUGUCUCAUUUUUCUCUGCAAAACAAAACUUGUAAAGUAUUUGUUCAUGACAAACUACAGCAUUACUGAGUGAAAUGAAUUUCUUUAUUGAUAUUUCCCAAAUGUUCCUUAACAGAGAGAGGUGACUCUCCCUUUCCUUGUGUUAAAGUAGAACUUGUACCUUGGUGUUUCAUAGAGAGUUAUUUCACAUAGCCCAGUGGAACUGUUAAGUGUUUUGUAUUUAUGCAAAGUUUGUGAAAUGUUAAUUUAGUUCCAUAAAAGAUAUUGAUAAUUGAAGAGAUGUGUAUGUAAACUGUGUAAAUUUAUUAGUUUUGUGCACAGGAUAAGUUUACAUUAUUUCUGAAUGUGCAGCCCUCCACACCAGUAAACAGAUUCUGAUUUACUGGAAUGAUAAUUUUUCUGAUUGAAUUUAUUUACAGAUUUGUCAAAUACUUCACAAUGUUUGCAAAAAGGAGGGCCUGACUAUUCCAGCAGAGCUUUCUAAGAGAAUCGCUGAGAAGUCAAAUAGGAAUCUACGGAGAGCCCUGCUGAUGUGUGAAGCUUGCAGAGUUCAACAGUAAGAGCUUCACAGUUAGACUGUACAGUGUACAGCCUAAAAAUAAUGACUAACAAAGCAUAAUUAGUGCAAUUAUGUGAAGGUUACCCUCAGAAUUACUAGACUAUGGGUUGAAUGGUGCAGGUUCAAGUUUUGGUUGGGAUCAGAGUGUUAUGUUCUUGAAUGAGACAGUCAGUGUCUCUCUCUCUCUCCCUGCCAAGGAGUGUAGGUGAGCACCAGCUAACCCUUAGGCAACUUGGUUAAAUUUGGGAGGUAACCUUUGUACUUGGGGGAGUAGCAACACUCACACCUUUUUCCUAUACAGUUCAUUCUCAAUUGUAUUCCUGAUCUUACCUUUUUUACAAUGCAUGCACGUGCAGGUAUCCUUUCUCGCCUGAUCAACCUGUUCAAGAGGCAGACUGGGAGGUGUAUUUGAGGGACACUGCACAGCAAAUUGUUGAGCAACAAACACCUAAAAGGUCAGGUUACAACUUGCAUUGCAAUUCAAUCCUGUUUGAUGGAUAUCUGCCAUUGAAUUAAAGUAAUCAUGCCAAACAAGAUGUUAGAAAAACAUGCUAGUUAAUUGAUUGACUUGAAAUGGAGUGCAUGCACACAUUGAUGGUACUUAUCACACAAUGCCCUGUUAAGAGCAAGCUAAAGUAAUGCAUGUACAUGUUCACCCAUGCUAAAUGUAGCUUCAUUACUGACCUCAGUAAUAGAUACAGGGUUAAUAUGUAUUUUGUUGUUUUUUAAUUUCGAUUUUUUGUUCAUGUAUAUUCAGGUUGUUAGAGAUAAGAGGUAGAUUUUAUGAACUCUUGACCCACUGCAUUCCUCCUGAUGUGAUAUUUAAGGUAAGAGAAUAAUAAUUACUGUAGUCCAAAAAGGGACAGUCUCACGCCACUUUUUCAAAUGUUUUCAAUAAAACUUUUUUCUUGCUGUCAAAAUUGUUGAAAAAUUGGCUGUGAUAAAAUGAAGGUUACAUAAAUAGCUCCUAUGCUUUGAAAGUUUGUGUUUGACCAGUCACAUCACAAGUAAGCUAAAAAACCUAAUCUUUUAUGUAGACACACUGACUGGACUAUCCUGUGGUUUUGUAGGGUCUGAUCAAAGAAUUAGUGACCAACUGUGAUGGCAGUUUAAAAGCAGAAGUAACAGAAAUGGCUGCCCACUAUGAACACCGUAUUCAUCAGGGAAAUAAGGCCAUUUACCACUUAGAGGCUUUUGUGGCAAAGUUUAUGAGUAUUUACAAACGCUUCUUGGAGGAAGGAAUGGCAGAUUUGUUUUAGGAUUAGGGCCAUUGUUGCGUUGGAAUUAACACUUAAAAAUGAAAAAAAUCUUGUAAACUUUAGGAAAUAAGCAUCA